ACCACACAUCCCUUGCUUAUACUAAAAUCUACUUAUACCUUCCAUUGCUGCCUCUCUUUGCUCCCCCUCCCCAUCCAUUUCUUGAGCUUAUCCCGAGUCUUUAAACCCAAGACCAUCUCUUCUUCCCUUCUCUCUCAUUCCUUCCAUUUCACAAUCUUAUAACUCUUACUUCCCUUUCCGCUUGAGUCCUAUCUCAAUAUUAUAUUGACUUUAUCCUCAGCAUGCCUCAAUCAUGCCACGUUCCUGAACCUAGACUGAUAAAGCAUUCAGCGCCUCACGACCAGGACUCAUCUACCACUACUAGAGUCCAGGAGCAGGCCGACAGUUCAACCAUCGACAAUCCAAGCAAGAUGCUCAACUCUGUUCGCGAUCGGCGUGACUCCAUGCUUGAACUUGACCAGGCCUUCAAGUUCCAGCUACGGACUCGCACGAAGAAUGUUGACAAUGGCCUCUCACACGAUGGAGCUCGUAGUGAGUUGAGCUUUACAGCAUCUCCUACCGUCGGCCCUGUCAAACCCUUACCGCCUCACCUUCGGGCCCGUGCCACCAAAAAUGCUGAAGUUGCUCAACCUCUUACCGUUCAAGCGAAGCAGCCUUUUGUGCCACCACAUCUUCGGGGUCGCGCUCUGAACAAACCUGGAACAGCAGAGCCUCUAGCAGCUCAGCCUGUGGCAACUCGGCCUGUAGCAACUGAACCAGUAUCCAAUGGAAAGAAAGCCUUUGUGCCACCUCACCUACGGACUCGGACACAAGAACGUCCAGUGUCCGUCCAGUCUACGACUGCGGCAGUAGAGCCCAAACGUGAAGAUAGCUCUGAAACCGAGUCCACUUAUCAAGCACCUAGUCUUGAUGCUGACAAACCUCUUCGCUCUGUUGAAGACACAUUCAUUGAAGCCGUGGGAUGGCGUCCAUACUACAUCAAAUCUCUGAAGAACCUCCCUGAGGAAGCGAUCUCUGGCAUCCCAGAACUCUAUUCGACUGUCACUUUCUCUUGGGAAUUCCUGAAGAACACUCUGGGCGGUAUUGAAUGGUCUCCCGGCAUGUACUACAUCCCGACGGCCCACGGAGUCUCUAUUCUCCCUAAUCGCACUUAUUGUGCCUACGACGCCAGCCAUGAACCGUACUUGCCCAUGCGCCCAGGCGAGCACGGCGCAAAGCUUACGGCCUUCUUCGCAGACAAUCCGGACGAUGAAGAUGGCGACGAAGUGGGCGAAGCUGCCUAUACGGAGUUUCCUCUGUUCAUUCAGGCAUCCCGAUAUGCACGCCGUGGCAACGCAGCGUCCGACAAAUAUAUCUACUUCGGCACAUACUCACAGUCACGCUGGUCUGACCGUCUUGAUUACGACCACAUGAUCAACGACGUGCCUCACGACGUUAAGAUGCACUGGGCCACGAAGCUUUCCGAAGCCGAUCGCCCGGAAUGGGUCACUGACAAGCUCGUCCGCCACUUCUGGCCACCACCGGAGUACAAAGGUGCACUUCCAGAGAAGUUGCCCGCGACCGGAAGUGAAUCCGGCGGUGUUGAGGAAGAUGACGAGCACUAUUUGAAGGUACAGCACGAUAUUGGCGAGUACAUCAAGGAGUUGCGCUACUGGAAGAUCGUGACGCCUCCGAAAGUUGCUUUAUUAAGCCGGGACUUGAUCAUGGAGGCAUUUGAGCGCCCGGACGCCGCCGAUCCGCCUGGUCUCAGGUUGCAGUGGGAGUACCUCGAGUGUGUCGGAUUCGACCGCGACUUCUACGACAUGCUCAUCCUAACGAUGAAAGAUCGCAAUUGAACAUGCGUUGUCCUCCUGUGAUUCGAAGGUUUGAUAUUAGACUUUGUGGACCAAUACACUACAAAGUAUGGCGAGGCAUUACUCUUUGCUUUCAUGCUUUGCUUCACACCACGAAUGGUCAGCGCUACCGUAAAUUUCGCGAACUUCGCGCUCGACGACGUGUCUCUACCUUGACAAGCAUCGCUCAGAUCAUUUACAGCUAGCCCUUUGUCGGGCCUCACAGCCUUACUUUCGGCGGCGUUACUGCACAAAAACCCCUGCUGACAUUUCAUGAUUUAUCCUUUGGGAAGCUCUCUGUAUGUUAAACCAUAUUGCUUUCAAAAGCGGCUCUAUCUAGAUCGGCACAUGAGCUUCGUCUUUCAGACUUCUGGCGCUGUCACAGCCAGACUCAUCAAUUGGUAAAUCGGUCUCAUACGUCAUUUCCCAAUCCGAUAUGUGGCUGGACGCACUACCUUGAUAUUCACAAUAGUACCU